GGGACAUGACCUCCAUGAUUACACAGGCUUACAGAAAAAAGAAACCGGAUAUGGCCUACAAUAGACCUGUUUUUGACAGUCCUGCUGCAAACCACAUUGGUUAUGUUCCGGGUGCAAAGAAAAAUGUUGGCUACAGAGAGUCUCAGAGAUGUAUAUCUCAAGACAGUGGCUACAAUGAAUCGCUCAAGGCCUUCAGCCCUGGAUGCUGUGAAAGCAGCAAUGACUCUUCAGAAAGUAAUACUUUCUCUAAUGAAUAUGAAAAUUCCGAAAACCUAGACCCUACUUUACUGUGCUCUCCUGUGAGAAGUGAAAUAUUUUGGGAACCUGGAACUGGUGCAGUUGAUAAAAGGCAGGCUGAAAUCUAUGAAACGCCGCGUGUUAUUAAAAAAGACUUUUCACUGCGACGUAGACUACUUGUAGCCAAAGCUACAUCUGGUGGAACCCUGGACUUUGAAACUUCCGAAUGUUCAAUGGACACAUCCAGAAGCAAGAAAGCUCCUCAGCACCUUGCUAGAUUUGAGACAAGACUUUCGAAAAGUUUAGACUCCCCGAGAGAAACCAUUUACAAACCCUUAGCAACAAGCACUUUAAAAGCGGAGCCUGAUGUUGGCACCUCCUGUAAAAACUGGAGGAUAUCUUUUGCUCAACAGAGGUCUUCCACCAUAGAUGAUUUUAAAUGUGACCAUGAUCCUUUCCCAGAGGUAGACAACCUGUCUCCAGUUAAACACUCAUCACAUUCUCCCAAUGACAGCAUUCUGAGUAGUAAUGAAGAGAACACCCCAGAGAUGCCCGCUACUCCGGUCUGCAAUUUAAUGUCGCAUGCCAAAGAUGAUUUUCUAACGCCUGUUGGCAAUCUUGCAGCUAGUUUUCAUUUUACUCUAUGUACGCCCACUGCAGCACAAGGGAGUGACUUGGAAAAUUCAUUAAAUGAGGAUAGUGCCUUUCACUCACUCAGCUUUGAUAAAUCACAGGACUCUUUAACUGAUCAUGAAGGCUCUUUCCAGGAGCUAAUUCAAAAACAAAAGUUGACCCCAAAAUCUGCUCCUAGCAAAAGUCGCCUCCGAAAAUUGGAUAGGUGUAAGAGACUCUCCACUUUGCGGGAGCGAGGGUCACAGUCUGAAGUUGAGGAAGAUUAUAGUGAAAAGCAUAUACUAAGUUCCACCUACAAAUCAAAAGUCGCAAGAGACUCCGUGGAUGAGGAAAAUGAACUAAGCUUUGUGGAUUGCCAAACCAAUUGUCUCUUAAAGGUUGAGGACCUAACGGGUACACCUGCCCUGCGUGUUGUUCAUGAUAUGCUGGCAAAAAGUACCCGAAAGAGGGCUCAGCAGACCACCGUGCAGGACCUCUUAGGCAGUUUUGAUUCUUCACCAGCAUCAGAAGAUGUGCUCGCAAGACUCAUUGGCAGGAAAAUGGGUCUUGAAAAAGUAGACAUUUUGUACGAGUUGAAAUUCCGAAACUUGAACCACAUAUUAACUUUUAUCUUUAAAGUCUUGGACGUUGACAGCAUUUGCAGCAUAUGGAAAGUAAGCAAGGGAUGGCGGGAGAUGGUGAUUCAAGACAAGGAUGCGCAUCAAAGAAGAAAAGUGUUUCUGAAAAAGCUGAGAGCUGACAUAGAGCAAGAGCGGGUGAUUUCUUCUGAAGAUGCUGCUACCAGAUUACAAGUGGUAAACCGUUCUGCUCUAAAAUCUGUUCAAGCUCAAGCUAGGCUUGUCUUCCAUACACCUACCUCAUCAGCUGGUCCUUUGACACCAAAAGAGACCAACUCUGUUCCCCAAUCAGGAAGAAAACAACAAGAGUAUAUUAAGAUUGCCAAAACUUUGUUCACGGAUGAAGCUUUGAAACCAUGUCCACAGUGCCAGUACCCAGCUAAAUAUCAGCCUCUAAAGAAGCGAGGCAAGUGCAGUAGGAAGGACUGUGGCUUUGACUUCUGUAUUCUAUGCUUGUGCACUUUUCAUGGCUCUAAAGAAUGUAGCACUGGGUCAGGAAAGAGGAUUCAUAAAAAGGAUAUUCUCCCUGGAAGUGCGCAGAGCAAGCGCAAUUUAAAAAGGCUUUGAAUUUUCCAAUUUCAUCCUUUUUUUUUUAUCAGUGUUUUUAAAUUGUAUUGUUUAGUACUGUAUCUUGCAGCAUCUGCU